AUGAAAAUUAUUUCAUCUUCACUCUUACUAUUCAUUGUUAUCAAUAUUAUUUUUGUCAAUCUGGGACAAUGUCAACAGCCAAUUGAAUAUUCCUCCUGUCAACUUCAAUCGGUUGGUUCUAACAAUAUUAAUGGAUAUGUUUUAAUCUCAAAUUAUUCAGGAGCUUCUUCUGAAAAAUAUACUGUUCAAGUUGUUGCAUCUGGAUUCCAAAAUGUUUCUUCUACCGUUUAUGCCACAGUCAGACAAUAUGGUAAUUUGUUGAAUACCAAUAACCCAGUUUUCGGUUACAAUCCCAAUGAUGAAUAUAAUUGCACAGUUCCAGGAUGUCUUGGCUCAACCACUUUUACAACCACCUCUAUGAAUUGGACUCAAACCUUCACCACUCCAAUGUUUAAUUUGAGUCCAGGAUUAAAAUCUGUUGUCGGUAGAAUAUUUUCCCUUUCGACAUCUCCAUUCGAUAGCAACUAUAUUAUUGCACAAUGUGUUUUGGGAAUUGGUAAUCCACAAUUCAUUCCUUCAACUUCCCCAAUGGCUUCGUUGAAUGAAUCAACCAACUAUGCUGCCAUCAGUGAAAUCCCAAACAAUGGUAUCCAAAAUGGUGCUGUUUGUUACCUCCAACCAACUGCUGCCUAUCCAUUGGUAAACGGUACCGUUCUCAUCACUGAAAUCAAGAAUAUCAUUAUUGGAUCGAACCAACCAAUGGGACUUAAUAUCAUUGCCAUGGUAAAUGGAACCGAUGGUCAAAUAGGUAUUUCGAUCAACCAAUUCGGUGACAGUUUGACUGCCGAUGGAAGCUCAACUGGUGGAGUUUGGGGACUUUCCAAUCAGACUCACGGUCUUCCAACCAAUAAUACUCGUCUUUAUGGUGAUCUCGGAAACAUCUGUGUUUAUUACAACGAUGUUGCCUAUUACAACUGGACAACACCAUACAUCGGAUACUUUGACAGUAUUCCAAACCUUCUUGGUCGUUCCAUCGUCAUUAGAUCGAAGCCAUACACUACCAGCCCAACCUACGAUGGUUCUAUCAUGGCAACCUGUGUCAUUGGUCUAAGAGAGAACGGUAAUAUUCCAGCAACCAAAUUCAAUCCAAACACCAACAAUGCUGCUCCAACUUGUUUCCCAGAUCCAACCACCAGUACCACAACAGGUCCAAACACUACCACCUCUACAACCGGUUCAGGUUCUGAUUCAGGAUCAUUCUCAUCGAUUACCACACCAUUCAUGAAAUUGACAAUCUUGUUGAUUUCAGUCUUAUCAUUCAUUUUAUUAUAA